AUGGCUGAGAACAACCAGGAACCAGCAAAAGUUGAGCAACCCGCCGAGAAGCCGGUGAAGGCGACGAAGGUGAAGGGAACCGUCAAAUGGUUCAAUGUCAAGAACGGAUACGGUUUUAUUAACCGGACCGACACCAAUGAGGACAUUUUUGUGCAUCAAACCGCCAUCAUCAAGAACAAUCCGAACAAGUUUUUGAGAAGCCUUGGGGAUAAUGAGGAGGUUCUUUUCGACAUCGUUGAUGGAGCUAAGGGACCGGAAGCGGCGAAUGUGACGGGAGCUGAUGGGGGACCGGUUGUUGGAUCUAAGUAUGCUGGUGAACGAUCUGCUCGCCGUGGACGCGGCGGACGCUACCGUGGAAACCGUGAGGGCGGCAACAGCCAAUCGGAAGGCGAAGACAACGAGGCUAAACGCGGCGGUGGCACCCGUGGAGGGCGCGGCGGCCGCGGUGAACGUGGUGGUGCGCGAAACGGAGAGGACGGAGGAGCACCACAAGAUGGAGAGGGAUACCGUGGAAGAGGACGUGGACGUGGACGUGGACGCGGCGGCCGUGGUCGCGGCAACCGCGGUGGUCAAAAUUCAUCAGAAGCUUAG